UUCAUUCAUUGACUCUACUAGAAACUGUCUAUUCAGUCAUCAUAAUGUUCACUGCUUUGGGUGUCUUGGUUGGAGUCAUCAUGACUGGGAUGAGUUCCAUCAUUACAAACCUGGAUGCGCGGAGAGGCAGGUUCUGCCACCGACUUUAUUCCAUCAAAUUAAACAUGAAAGACAUUGGCUUACCGCCAGAAGUGCAGACAUGGGUAGAAAAAUAUUAUGUUUACCUAUGGAAGCAUCGCAAAGGAACCAUCAUUGCUGGGUUACUAGAUGACCUUCCAUUCUCAAUCCACUCAGAAAUAUCAUUGGCAUGUAACCAGAUAUUGUUGAAAAAGUCUACCUUGUUCCGUGGUACUGAUGAAGGCUUCAAGAGAGCUUUGUCAGUUUCAAUCAACCCAUAUACCUACAGUGCUGGGCAGAUUCUGGCUAAGCGUGGUGAAUCAAAUCAGUCCAUGUACUAUCUUGAACAUGGACUUGUGCAGGCCAUUGAAGACAAUGCUGAGAAAAUAGCUACUGUACUGCCAGGAUCUCUUAUUGGAGAGAUAUAUUUAAUGUACAAAAUUCCCAGGAAUGUUACAAUUUGUGCUGCAACACUGUGCGAGAUUUAUGUAUUGCAUCAAAAGGAUCUGCUUAAUUUAUUUGCUGAUUUUCCAGAAGCUGGUGUAAAAAUAGCACAAACAGCUAGGAAACGAUUGCAAAACAUAGCCACCCCAAUCAAAGACGCAUUUGAUGUAGGAGCUGCAUCUAAUCCUCAGAAUGUGGUAUUUCACAAGGACUUGGGGACAAAUUUAUUGCCAAAAGACCAGAAGAUUUUUAAACAUUUUAUGGAUUAUGUAAUUCGCCAUUCUGACAGAGUCCCUGCCUCUGUUAAAACAAGUUUCAAUAACACUGGUUUUGGUGCAACAUUGCAUUCAAUAGCUUUCCUUGUUGAUUUAAUAGCUGUUAUAGACAUUGUCAUCAAUCUUCGAACACAAGUCACGUCUAAGAAUGGCAACCAAUCAGACUUUAAAAGCAUUUACAAGAACUACCAGAGCACUUGGAAUCUGUAUUAUGAUGUGGCAGCAGUUUUACCUACAGAUCUGUUCACAUAUGUUGAAGAAGAGCAUUUACGCUGGCAUUAUUUGGGAUUGUUCAGAAUGAACAGGCUUCUUUGGCUCCGAAAGGUGUAUUUAUUUUAUGUAAAAAGAGAAAAUGAUCUUGAGAAGAACUUGUUACAGUACAGAGCGUCAAAAUGUGUGUUCAUGUUAAUGUUCUCCAUUCAUACCUGUGCAGGAUUGUUUUACCUUGCCGGCUGCUUUAAACAUAAGUGUGAUCCAGGAUCAUGGGCAGAGAAAUAUGGUUUUACAAAAUAUGACCCUGACAUUGAACAUUAUAUAACUGCUGUCUACUGGGCUGGGACCACCAUGACAACUACAGGAUAUGGAGACAUUACAGGCAGCACAGCACCAGAGCGAAUUAUUUGUAUUUUUGUAAGCAUAAUUGGUGCAUUUGUUUUCAACUAUAUUGUAAGUCAAAUCGGUGCCACUCUUGCAAGUACUAAUGCAGCCAGGGUAGGAUUUCAGAACCGUCUUGUGGCAAUGACGUAUUUUAUGGAAUCCCAUGAUCUAAGUCAGUCCCUGCAGCAGAGAGUAAUUCAGUACAUGAGCCUGCUUUGGGAAAAGUACCAUGGGCAAGCAUAUCCUGGAGGUCCUUUUCUGAUGCAUGACCUGCCAACUGAACUUCAGCAGAUUGUGCUCCUGAAGGAACGAGGAAAACUUCUGUCCAAGCUUCCUUUUUUCUACAAUACCGGAUCUUUAUUUAUUCGUGAACUUGCAACAACUUCUAUCAUGUACUUCUACCCAAAAGGAGAGAUUAUCCAGUACAGUGAAACCAUUAGCCAGGAGUUGUUCUGCAUACGGCGGGGGUGUUGCCAGAUUUUGAGUGAUGAUCUCAAUUAUGUUUUGGGUAUCUAUACAGAAGGGAUGUACUUUGGAGAGGUUGGCUUUCUCUUUGGCAAACCAGCGACUAUGACUUUGCGAGCAAAGACAUAUUGUGAAGUUUUAGUAAUUAACUUUGACAGAUCACAUAAAGUCUUUGAUAAGUAUCCUGCAAUAAGAAGCCAACUACAAUCUCUGAAAGAAAACAAAAAGUAUCACAGUACGCUGGUGAGAUACAUUGACAUGAUGGUGAAACAGAGGUUGAAAAAAAUUGGACUUGAGGAAAAAACUUCAAAGAAAAAACGAACCUUAUUGACUUAUCAAGGCCGACGAUUCUCCAAGAAGUCAAAGUGCUAUGUUGAGGAUUUUGGUAAUUUCCCAAUUUAUGCUGGGGCUGAGGAAGAAUCAGUUAAAGAAAAACUGGAGAAAUUAAGCAAGACUAGAUUGGUCCCUCACAAACCUAAGACCCUGAAAGGAAAACUUAGUUUAUUUUUCUUUAUGACGCUUCCUGAAGUAUUUCUGAUGACGAGUGCCAUACUGCCAAGUAACCGACUGUACAUCAGGUGGGAGAUGUUCCGGAUAUUUCUGGCUUUAACAGUCAGCAUUCUUACCUCUACCCUGUUUAGUUUCCUCCAUCAUAAGAGAGAGCUCUGGUUUACCUGUUACAUCCUUGGGGGUUUCUGCUGGCUGGACAUGUAUGUACGGUUACAUGUGGCGUUCUACAAAGACAACAAGCUCAAUGUAGAUACACUGGAGACAGCUAGGCAUUAUGUAAGGACAAGUUUUCUACUAGACCUGGUCAGCUGCUUUCCUUUUGAGGUGUUUGCUUGGGCGGUAGUGUCCCCAUUUGAUGAGGCUGGUAACUUUUACACCAAUAACAAGGCGAUGCAUCUCUAUGCCUACCUUAGGGUACCUCAUAUUUUACAGCUAUAUCGCAUACCACUUGCAUACAACUACUGGCAGAUGGGAAUCGCCACAGAGAAGCUGGCAGUUACUUUUAUACAAUUCUUUUUAUACAUGAUACUCUUCCUCCAUUUCUCCACCUGCCUAAUAUAUGCAGUACCCUGUGGUCCAUUAUUAAACUUCACCAUCAUUGAAAAUGAGACACAUCCCAUGUUUCAACACUUUUGUGAUAAUAACUCCUGGGUGCUGCUGCUGAGAGAAACAUUUGGAAUCGAUCACUCUACAUUGUCUUUUAAGGAAAUAUAUACAAUAAGUAUGUAUUUUUCAACAACAACCAUUUUCAAUGUUGGAUAUGGAGACCUUCGUUCUCAUACUUUUAAAAUGACAGCGGUGCUUCUCCCUGUGGUUCUGGAGACAGCAAUGCUUCUCCCUCUGGUUCUGAAGACAGUGGUGCUUCUCUAUCUGGUUCUGGAGACAGCAAUGCUUCUCCCUCUGGUUCCGGAGACAGCAAUGCUUCUCCCUCUGGUUCUGAAGACAGUGAUGCUUCUCCCUCUGGUUCUGAAGACAGCGGUGCUUCUCCCUGUGGUUCUGGAGACAGCAAUGCUUCUCCCUCUGGUUCUGGAGACAGCGAUGCUUCUCCCUCUGGUUCUGGAGACAGCGAUGCUUCUCCCUCUGGUUCUGGAGACAGCGAUGCUUCUCCCUCUGGUUCUGAAGACAACAGUGCUUCUCUAUCUGGUUCUGGAGACAGCAAUGCUUCUCCCUCUGGUUCUGGAGACAGAGGUGCUUCUCUGUUUGGUUCUGGAGACAGUGGUGCUUUUCUAUCUUGUUCUGAAGACAGUGGUGCUGCUCUAUUUGGUUCUGGAGACAGCAAUGCUUCUCCCUCUGGUUCUGGAGACAGAGGUACUUCUCCCUCUGGUUCUGGAGACAGAGGUGCUUCUCUGUUUGGUUCUGGAGACAACAAUGCUUCUCUAUCUGGUUCUGGAGACAGCGGUGCUUCUCUAUCUGAUUCUGGAGACAGUGGAUAUUGCUCUUUUUAUUUUAAUGGUGUUAGGAUCUCUCUACUUUGGUUGGAUGGUUGGUACUGUCACAUCUAUCCUUGCCAAUGCAGAUGCUGCCAGAGCAGUAUAUACAGAGAAACUGGAAUCUAUAAAACACUUUUUAAAGAGUCAGAAGAUUACUGGCCCUAUAGCUGACAGUGUUCAGAAGUUUUAUUCCUUCAAAUGGAUCAAAACAAAAGGUGUAGAUCCAGAAACUCUCUUUGAGUACCUGCCAUCUUCCCUUCUUGGAGAUAUUUCAACUAUUAUCUACUCAGAUGUAAUUGCAAAGGCAUUUGGACUGAAUAUCAAGUCAAAGAAAAUGAAAGAAUGUUCCUCCCAUGUCCUAACUCCACUUGAACGGAGGUUAUCAGGAAAACUUGAUGGGCCAAUUUUUGAAAAGACCCUUAGCAAAGAGAGUCUGGAGAAACUGGAAACAGAUGGAGGAUUUAUCCGUAUGCUAGCAACGAAGAUUCGGCCUUGUGUUUUUAGAGCAAAUGACUUUAUUUGCAAGAGGAAUGACUAUGGAUCGGAGAUGUUUUUCAUAGAAAAAGGAGAGGUGGAUGUACUGUCUCAGGAUGAGAGAAGUGUAAUGGUGACUCUGAAAGCUGGGCAGUACUUUGGAGAAGGAAGUCUGCUUUUCUCAGAGCCACGAAGCACUUCUAUCAGGGCUUCUACAAAUUGUGAUAUGUAUGUUUUGGACAAGAAAGAUUUGGAUAGCACUGUGAAAUAUUAUCCUGACAUCUGCAAGGAAAUCAGGGAUUCUGCCAUUGCCAAACGGGAGCAGCUGUUAAAACUUAAAGCCCAGCAAUUGCUGAUCAGUAAGAUGGAGACAGUCAAAAACGACAAGUUUGACGCCGGGUUUAAUCAGAUGUACUUGAAAUAUAUGGCAGAACAGGAACUGAAAUCUAAAUAUGUUGCUCUACCAUUGAUUGUUCGAAUGCGGACAGCUUUCUGCCAGUUUUAUAAUGAUUCCUUGAAGAAGAUAAUCCAGCUACACAACAUGACAAUUGAUCCUGAAAAAACUUUGCGAAUCAUUUUGCAGUAUACCUCCUGCUUGUUUAUCAUUAUCUCGUUUUGGACAAUCACCUACAUGCCAACCAUUGUCAAAAUAGACGAAUAUGUUUUUUCUAUCAGUAUGAUCUGUGAAUACAUCCUGAUAUUGGAGGUAGCAAGAAAGAAAGAGCCACAUCAGAUCACCCUGGUGGUCAGAUUUGUGAAUUACUGUUUUACAUACAUGGUUUUUUUGGUUUUUUUUGAAGAUUUUCAGUUAUUUUUGUUUCAGAUUUUCUUGAAGUUUCACAUUUGUUAUUGUGAUGCAAAUGGGACGUACAUCUGCGAUUAUCAAUCAGUAUCUAAGUACUACCUGACGAGAAGAGCCGGAUUUGUUUUUGAUAUGAUCUGCUCAUUUCCUUAUGCAUUGAUUGUCUUACUACAAAAUGAUUCAAGUGUAAACCUCUUUGAUUAUCACAUGUCACACAUCCGUCUGUUUCAUUGCCUACGGCUGUUCAGUGUUUUCUUUUUUAUUCACGAGGAAGAAAAGAGGAUCACAACUAAUGACAUGGUGUGUGAUUCAGGUCACAUUGAUGAAUUAGUCAGUCUGUACAUUUAUGCCGUUUACUGGGCAACAGCAACUUUCACAACAACAGGUUACGGAGAUAUCCGGGCUGUUACAUAUCCUGAGAUGUGGUUUUGUGUUCUUGUCAUGCUACUCUCCAAAACUUUAGUGGGGUACAAUAUAGGAAUUAUUUCCUCCACGCAGACAAACAAAAACUCCCUCCAGGUGUCCUAUGAAGAGAAAUUACAGACUAUUAAAAACUAUAUGGAAGAGGAAAACAUCCCACCAUCUUUACAGCAGCGUGUAAUGCAGUUCUACAAUUAUCGAUGGGCACGUACCAGAGGCGUGGAUUCCGAUUUGCUUUUCAGUGACACUCCCAGCUGUAUGAAAAUUGAACUUUUUGCCAGGAUUGCCGUAAAUUUAAUGAAGAAGCAGAGAAUGUUCACCCACCUGUCAGACACCUUCCUCCGCCAUAUGUCGACCAAAAUGAAACUGAAGAGCUAUACUCCUGGAGAAUACCUGGCAAUGAAAGGAGAUAUUGGCACAGAGAUGUUUUUAAUUUUGCAUGGGAAGGUGAGUGUAAAGAAGUUUGGAGCAGAUCACAAGGAGGUGGUGGAGCACCUGGUUCAUGGGAACAGUUAUGGAACGGUCUUUCUCAUCAAGCGAAUGUCAUUUCCAGAGUCUGUCAUUGCUGAAAACUAUGUGGACAUCCUUACACUCUCAAAGGAUGACUUUGUAGAGAUUGGAUCAUUCUACCCAGAGGUCAUGAGCAAGCUACUAAAGAGAGCAGUUCAUUUGUAUGGCUAUUAAGGAAUAGUAUGGACAUGACCCUUACUGGUUUAAUUUUUUAUUUAUUUAUUUAUUUUUUA